AUGAUUGCUAUUGAUUGCGAACGUGGAAGUGGUAGGUCAAAAGUUGCACAGACCAUUGUUGUUGAUCAAUCCGGCAAGGGGGAUUUCAAAACAAUUCAAGCUGCCAUCGAUUCCAUUCCACAAAAUAACAAAAGAUGGAUCAAAGUUCAAAUUAAUCCUGGCAUCUACACGGAACAAGUGAAUAUUCCGAUAGAGAAACCAUGUAUUUUUCUGGAAGGAAGAGGUCCCAGGCAAACCACGGUUACUUAUAAUGCACAUGAAAGCACUGAUAGUAGUGCUACAUUUACCUCAUCACCAAGCAAUAUUGUAGCAAAGGGCAUAACCUUCAAGAAUUCAUUUAACCGGUGGUGGAAGCAAAAUAUCUACUAUGGAAUCAAAGUGCCCGGCGUACUACCAGCACUUUCAGCACGAAUUUAUGGUGACAAGUCUGCUUUCUAUGAUUGUGCUUUUUUGGGAGUUCAAGAUACAUUAUGGGAUGCCCAAGGCCGUCAUCACUUCUCCAAUUGCUACAUUGAAGGAUCAGUAGAUUUCAUAUUUGGUGCUGGCCAAUCUUUUUAUGAGGGUUGUUUAAUAAAUGUUACUAGUGGAGGUUUUAUAACAGCUCAAGCAAAGGAGUUUCCUAAUGAUGCAAAUGGUUUUGUGUUUUAUCGUUGCAUUGUUUUGGGGAUUAAGGGUGUUCGAUCUUACCUUGGGAGAGCCUUUAGACCAUAUUCAACGGUAAUAUAUCAUCAUACAUAUUUCUCUGAAGUGGUUGAGCCUGUAGGGUGGCAUGCUUGGAAUAACGAGGGGCAUGAAGGUAAUUUAACCUAUAGGGAAGUUAAUUGCAAAGGACCAGGAUCAAACACUUCAAAGCGUGUGCCAUGGGAAAAGAAGCUUAAUGCAAAACAGCUAAAUCGAUUUUCAAAGUCAUCCUUCAUUGACCAAGAUCGCUGGCUUUCCAAACUACCUCUUUGA